AUGCCCGUCUUGCAACUCUUCCUCGCUCUCUGCAGCGCACAUACGAUUGUACGCGCGUCAGACAAGAAGCAGCCUGAAGACCCUGCCCAAUACGAAGAGCGCAAGGGAGCGUACCACUUCGUGGCAUACGAGAUCCUCAAGUUCACGGGCGUCACGCAUGACGCCCAUCACGACCUCGAGUCUUUCUACUGGGUGCUUCUUUGGGUUGUCGUUUGCCUUACCAAACACGGCCAUGAGAGGGGUGAUCAGCUAUGCAGCGAUAUCUUCAAGUUCGGGGAGGACCGCACAAGCGCUUCAGCGAAGAGGGAUUGGCUCGAAGACGAAAAGUUGGACAUCCUCAACAACAAGCCCCUCACAUAUCUUAUGAGCGAGCUUGGGGCCAUCGUCUUGGAGCACAUCCCCACUCUCCGCAGAGGAGUCCACCGGGUUCUUCUGGGUUAUGAACGGGUGUUGAAGAUCUUCGACGAGGCUAUCGAGAUGCCAGGCUGGCCCACUCGCGCCUGGCAGCCGUGCAAUUUGCUCAAGAGCGACGGACGAAGUGGCAUCGCUAACGUCGCUGGGCCCAAGCGGCCAAAGCCCCCCGGUCUCAUAACUGCUCUCGACGAAGCUGUUAAUCUUCCUGCUGACGAUGGACGCCUCCCUCCUCUCCCCACUCACUCGGAUCUCCCGGCACCUCACUCUCUGGACCCUCGUCUACUUUCCGACGUCUUCCCGAAGAAGCGGUCUUGCGACACUCUGGACGAGGAAGAAUCCGAGCUCGACUGCCAUGGUACCGGAUGGAUGACCCCCAGUCGCACAAACACUCCCAGCAAGCGCGUCAGGACGAACGAAGGGCCGCGUCCUGCGACUAGAUCGCAGUCGGGCGCAGCGCACGAAUCGUUAGUGGCGCCACGAUAA